AAAACACAAAGCAACAAUUAAAGCUCUAAUUCCAACUGAGAUUUAAUUUCUUCCUCUCUUCUCCGUGAUGGUGACAGGAAACAAUCUUAAGCCAAAGACUGUCACAACCGCUUCCAACCUAGCCAACCUGUUGCCCACUGGCACCGUCUUGACGUUCCAAGCUCUGUUGCCUUCCUUCUCCAACAAUGGAGAGUGUUUGCCGUCCCAUAAGUACCUAACCUUGGGACUCAUUUUCAUUUUUUCUGUAGCAUGUUUCCUCUCUUCCUUCACUGACAGUUUCGUUCAUGCUGAUGACGGGAAGCUCUACUACGGUAUUGCCACCAGCAACGGCCUCUACGUUUUCAACGACGGACUUCACCUGAUCAAUAAAAAUACAAAGAAUAUGUUAGAACUAGAAAAGUACCAUCUGACUCCUAUAGACUUUGUGCAUGCAAUUGGGUCUUUGAUUAUGUUCUUGGUGGUUUCCAUUAGCAGCCCCAACGUGCAGGACUGUUUCUUCUCCAACGCGGGGCCGAAUGAGAAGGCAAUGAUCACGAAUCUGCCGCUGGGAGCCGGCCUUUUGGCCAGUGUCCUGUUCAUGAUUUUUCCUACGAGACGCCAACCCAUGUGACAGGGUUUGGAACCCUUGAUAAUUCUAUUUUUUGCAAGAUUGUGUAGGAAAUCACUCAUGUUCCAACUCUUGAAGGCAGUUU